AUUUCAUCAUUCAUUAUUUCUAUUUCAGUUUGGUCUUAGUUGAAUAGUGCUAAAAAACUGUGCGAAAAAACAAACUUAACGUAUAAAUAGCGAACUAAAUUUGAUAAUCUGAUUUGCCCCAAGUGCAUGAGCCUGCAAACGUACCCUAAGGAAAGCCAUUGAAGGAAUUGGCAACGAUGUUGUUAUUUAUGUGAUAUUGUGAUUGUAUUGUUGAACAUCUGUUUUCCUGAUAAAUUUUGAAUGUUUCUAUUACAAGUAUUAUCUAGAAUAUCCAGAAUUGAGCAUAGUAUAUCUAGAAUAAUUGCAUUUACAUAAGAAAACUUCCAAUUCCAGUAAUAUCACAAUAUGUCGUUAUUACGAACUUACCGGCAUUUAUUAAAAAACCAUUUUGUAGUAAUUCAAGCAGCACAAACCGGGCUUUUAAUGGGAGUUGGAGAUGUUUUAGCUCAAACAGUUGUUGAAAAAAAGUCUUUUAAGGAAUACAAAGUUCAAAGGACUGCUAAGUUUGUUUUCCUUGGUGUGGCAUUUGUGGGCCCAACUUUAAGCCUCUGGUAUAAGCUACUAGCCAGAAAAUUCGGAACUCAAAUGUCCCCAGCACUCACCCUCAAGAAAGUUGCAUGUGAUCAACUACUCUUCGCUCCCAGUUUUUUAGCAGUAUUUAUAACAAAUAUUAAUUUACUUAAUGGACGAUCUUUUGAUUUAAUUAAAAAAGAAUUGUCUUCUAAUUAUAAGGAUUUACUGGUAGCCAAUUGGAAGUUAUGGCCUGCCGUGCAGCUUAUUAACUUCUACGUAGUUCCUUUAAAUUAUCAAGUUCUUGUUGUGCAAAGUGUAGCUAUUCUGUGGAAUACGUAUCUUUCAUGGAAAACUCAUAGUUGAAAUUAUUUAAUUAGGAUUUAAAAAUAUUGUGUUGCAUUUUUGGUGCUUUAAGUUUAAAGUACGUAAACAUAUUUCGAGGAAAGUGUAUUAGUAUGUAGGACGACCGGAAAAUGUUGCUCUUUAAUGUUUUUGUUCUGUUUUAUCUUGAAUUUCGUUAGUAUGCUUAAGCAUGCGUAAGUAAAUAUACUGGUUAAUGUCAGUUUAGUUUGUUUUGGUGACACCAACAAUGUCAACAGAUUUAUUUUAGCCGUGUAAGCAUUUUAUUUUACUAAACAAAAUUAGUUACAGAGUAAAAUCCUUCAGUCACUUAUUUAUAGCAUCAUUUUUGUAUAGCAUUUGUGUAAUAAAUUUAGUUAUAAAAUAAA